UCCAUCAGGAGAUGAAGCGGGUGCGGACGGAGCAGAUCCAGUAUACGGUGACCCAGUACCUGAAGAGGAGGCAGUAUAUAGACACAGAUGGGUCUCUGAAGGGGGCCAAACUCUCCCAGUCUGCUGAGGAGAUGGCAGCCAGUCUGACGGUUCAGACGGAGUCCAGCUGUGCGAAUGUGGUGUCCGCAGCCCCGUGUCAGUCAGUCCCGCAGCAGUAUGAGACCCAGUUCUCCAGACUGCGCUCCUUCCUGCAGGAGGCAGAAGCACCGUUAGUGAAGGAGGUGAGCGGCGUCUUGUUUCCGCUCUUCCUCUACCUGCACCUGGACAUGGCGCGGUGUGGCCUGAAGGGGGCGGUAGACUCGUUUUACAGUCGCUUCCACUCAUUCUUCCAGCAGGACCCUGAGCAGAAAGCCAUCGUAGACCUGCUACGAGGAGUCGUCACGCCUCAGGAUGUGACCUCAAACCCUAAACUCUGCUCGCUCCUGGAUCACAAGUAUGUGGUGCAUCUGACGGAUCAAGCGUACAACUACCUGCUGCGGUACCUGCAGAGCGACGACAACAGCGCCAUCUGCUGGGCGCUCAGCACACAUGUGCAGGUGGAGGUGACCGCAGCGCGCCGAACCGACUACCAGCUGUACGGCACAGGCAUAGGAGCAGGAAACACUACCUCCACUUCCUCUUCCUCCACUGCAUGGACUGCGGGGGAUGGGUCGGAGGGGGCGGAGCAUGUGGAGGUCACGGCUGGGUUACCUCAGAACGAGGCGGCGCUGGAGGCGUUGCAGGACUGCAUAAAGCGCGUGCGAGAAGGUGCUCCUUCGCUCACCACCGUCUGCUUCUAUGCCUUCCAGCACACGGAUCAGCUGCUGAACACGGCCGAGGUGUCGGCGGACAGCCGCUUGCUGGCGGCCGGCUUCGAUAACUCCGCCGUGAAGCUGUGGAGUCUGCGGGCCAGGAAGCUGAAGGCGGGACCUCACAGGGUCGACGUGUCUAAAAUAAGACUGGCCUGUGACGUGCUGGAGGAGGAGGCAGAUGAUGAGGAUGCCUCAGGCAGUGAGAUAAAGACCCUGCGCGCUCACAGUGGCCCCGUGUACCGCACGGCGUUCCUGACGGACGGCUCCGGCCUGCUGUCCUGUUCAGAGGACUCCACCGUUCGCUUCUGGGACCUGAACAGCUUCACGAACACAGUCCUGUACCGCGGCCACACUUACCCCGUCUGGGACGUGGACGUGAGUCCCUGCAGCCUGUACUUCUCCACGGCGUCCCACGACCGCACCGCGCGCCUCUGGAGCUUCGCGCGCACCUAUCCGUUGCGUCUGUACGCCGGACACCUCUCCGACGUCGACUGCGUCAAAUUCCACCCCAACUCCAACUACGUGGCAACAGGCUCCACGGAUAAAACCGUGCGCCUGUGGAGCACGCAGCAGGGGGCGUCCGUGAGGCUGUUCACCGGGCACCGCGGGCCCGUGCUGUCGCUCGCCUUCUCGCCCAACGGCAAGUACCUGGCCUCGGCCGGAGAGGACCAGAGACUGAAGCUGUGGGAUCUGGCAUCCGGCAGCCUGUUCAAAGACCUGCGGGGUCACACCGACAGCAUCACCAGCCUCUCCUUCAGCCAGGACAGCAGUCUGGUGGCCUCCGCCUCCAUGGACAACUCGGUGCGGGUGUGGGACAUACGCAGCGCCCACGGCAGCGCCCCCACCGACGGCUCCAGCAGCGAGCUGAUUGGACAGUACACGGGCAGCACUAGCAACAUCCUCAAUGUGCAGUUCAUGGCCUGCAACCUGCUGCUGGUGACGGGCACUGCGCUGGAGAAACAGGAACAGUGAGAAUAUGUGUGUGGGUCAAUCUCAACAAAACACGUCCGGGUCAUAUUUCACCCCAAAAUCAUCAGAAUAAAUAAUUGACUAAUUCAGGAUAAUUGGGUCACUCAAUGCCAAAAUGCGUCCCAGUUUACCUGAAUUCACUUUGUAAGUAAAAUAAAGCCAUUUAGCACCAUAAAUGAUCUUUUUGCAUUGUGACAUUAUUUCUAUAACAAAAGUUCUUAUCACUGUAAUGCAAAAAAACAAACAAACAAUGAGAUGCUAUUUGAAUGGUAAGGUAUUUAUCAGGGUGGUAUUUGUUGUAUUGCCCUUAAUUUGUUGAUUCAGCUAAAUAAUUAAGCACUUAAGUUUCUUAAA